GUCUCUGCGCGGUUAUAUAUGGUGACACGUGAGAGUGUUUUGAAGUGAGUGUCCGUCAAACCGCAGAGAAUCGGACAAGUCGCUGCUGAGUCCUGCUCCUCGUCUCUGACCGAACAUGUCCGAGUCCAUCAAGAACGUGUUGAUCUUCGGGGCCACGGGAAUGAGCGGGCUGGCGACUCUGCCCCUGGCGGUGGCUGCAGGGUACAAUGUGACGGUGCUGGUGCGGGACCCCGCCAAGCUGCCUGCUGACCACAGGGCGUCCAGAGUGGUGGUGGGAGACGUCCUGAAUAAAGAGGACGUGAGGAAGACCAUGGAGGGCCAGGACGCUGUCAUCAUCAUCCUGGGCACGCAUAGUGACCUGAGCCCAACCACCAUGAUGUCUGAAGGCACCAAGAACAUCGUGGAGGCCAUGAGAGCUCGAGGGAUCCGUAAAGUGGUCGGCUGCAUGUCAGCCUUCCUGCUGUGGGAUCGCUCCAAGGUCCCACUCCGUAUGGUUCCCCUGACAGAGGACCACGACAGGAUGUACACGGUGUUGAAAGCGUCCGAGCUGGACUACGUGGCCGUCAUGCCUCCUCACAUCGACAACGACCUUCCUCUGACGGAGCGUUACCUGACAGCAGAGAACAUGCUAAAGGGAAGAGCCAUCUCCAAACACGACCUGGGACAUUUCUUCGUCAAGUGUCUGUCCACCUCAGAGUGGGACGGCAAGACUGUCGGACUUUGGGGAGAGUACAAAUGAUCCUGAACCAACCCGGCUGAUUUCAUCCACGUGCUGAAGAGAUUCCUUUUCUUGUUUAUUUUACUUUUAUUUUUCUUCGUGUGCUGAGACAUAAAUUAUAGAAAUAUGUUUGUCCUUCUUUGCUUUGCUGUUUUCACUUCCAUAAUAAUGAUUGAGCAGCUUUUUAAGCUUGUUGUUGAUUUAUAAUAAUUCGAUUUUUAAUAAUCAGAGGUGUUUUAAAACCAGUGCCAGGCUGCACAGCUGCUUUCGCUCUGUAGCUGUGUGCAUUUCUUAACAUCACGUCUGUGCUGUCACAUGAUCUGUUCCUAUUGAAUGAUCUGUUCUCCUCCAUGGAACCGUUUGUCAUGUGAGGCCGACAGUCGCCUCCCUUUUUACAGUUGUUUAAAAAAUAAAACACUUUAUUGUACAAACUGUGUUGGUGAAAGAGUAGAGUGUCAUGUGACCGAGCUCAGACCAAUGUACAGCGACAGCUGGGCUGUGACUAAAUUAUAUAAUAAGAUCCUGAACAGUAAUUUACUCUAUAGAACAGUGGUUCUCAAACUUUUAUACUUCAAACUACUGCCAGGCCUUAAACACAUACUGAGAGAAGCGACCACAAUAACAACUGGAAACACCUGUGAGUUUUACAAAUGAUUUUAAGAUUUCACUGUUGUUUUUAAAGCCUUUAAUGGUUCGGCUCCUGCUUCUAUCUGCAAUCUGCUCCCCCUCUGUUUACCUGAUCGCUGCCUGAGAUCCUCCAUCAGGGCUGCACUGCACUAACACUUCCAGAAUCGUGACUCGUGCACUGGGCUCUUGCUGUUGAGGCUCCUCAGACAGAUCUCAGACAAGCAAACCUUCUUUUAAAUCUCCUCAUAAGACUCACUUUAUUGUAUGUAGUAUUAUGGUUGAAAACAAUAAUAAAAUUUGAUCUUGUUA